CUGUAGCGAACAGCUGACAAUGCAAAUUGAAUAACAAAAUAAACUUUUGCUUGUCUGUCGAUACAACGGAAAAAUGUUGUUGGCCGUUCAAGGCAAUUUAUUAUUUAAUUUUAAGGCGCCGUUGCAGUGUUGCUGGCGCGCUGUGCAUCUGAAACGAAACGAGGUGUAUAAGCAAUGUUUUCAAAUAUUAGGUGUGCAUGAAUCUGCCGAUCAGGAGACUGUGCGACGCGCCUAUUUGGAUUUGGUGAAGCGUGUGCAUCCCGAUGCAGAUAGUGAAGAGGCCAGUAGCGAGCGUUUCCAACAGGUGGAUGAGGCUUUUAAGCUGCUGCAGGAAAAGUUCGCCAAGAGCCGUCGCAACAUACAGGAAAACGAUGAAGAGGCCAUGGAGUUUGAUAUAAAGCAUACAGCGCCACAGCAUCGCCAGUACCUAUCCAAUGAGGGCAUUGGCAUAGGCACGCCCUUUCAGCGUCAAAAGCAAUAUCAACAGGUGCGCGCCAUGAAAGCGCAAGAGCGCGUGCUGGAGCAUCGCAUAGAAAAGGCGGCAGCUGGUGAGCAUGCACUAAUGCGCAAAGGUGGAAAUUACUAUGGCAAGCAUGCCAUCAAAACCAAGUACGGUGUGGAUCGAGUUGUCGAAGAUCUCAUACAGGAAGCCAUGUCCAAGGGUGAUUUCAAUAAUCUCAAAGGCACUGGCAAGCCACUGUCGUUGGCGCAAACACAGAAUCCCUAUUUGGACUUUACUACGCACAAGUUGAACAAGAUUAUGCUGGACAAUGGAUUUACGCCAGAGUGGAUAAUGCUGAGCAAGGAUAUACGCGAGUCUGCGCAUAAGCUAAAGCAGCAACUGCGACAGGAACGCAGCUACUAUGGCGAAUGGCCAUUGACACAGCCGGAGCAGCAGGCUGCCUGGCAAAAGUUUGCGCAGCUGCAUGUCGAUGAAGUGCAGCAGCUAAAUAAGCUGAUAGACAAAUAUAAUCUUAUAGUGCCAAUAUUGGAGAAUCAGUUCUUUCGCCUGCAGCUGGACAAGCUAGCCGAGAGUGUCUUCAAGGAGCCGCAGCUGCCACGCAAUCUGAAGCGACCACAGCCUAAACUUGAGAGCAGCGUCACUCCCGCCAGUGAACGCAGCUUUAUGACAAAUUUCUUUUCUAUUUUUUGGGCUUAAUGUAAGACUUGUGUUUAAGUUUGUUGCAAUCAAUUGGGUGAUAUUAGUUUAGCACGCAAAGCGUUUGAUAUAAUAUAAAAAAAAUGAAAAUAAAUGUAUAACAAACUUUUAG